AUGUCGCUGCUGCUAUAUUUCUUGUACGCCGCCGCGUUCGUUGCCGUUGUGGCAUCGCUCGUGGUCCGUCGCAUCAAAGCCGUCCGCAAGGUGCGCUUCGCCCAACGCGAUGCCAUGAUGGAGAAGUACGCCUACCUCCUCGACGACAUGAGCAAAAUGACCUAUCACGAGGCCGAGGAGAUUUCCAAGUACUCGUCGUUCUUAGAAAUGCCCUGGACGGUUACGGUCGCCCUUUCCUUCGCACUCUUCAAAACGUAUGCCAUCCCCACAAUCUCCGCCGUCCUGUGCAAGUCGGGACAGCUGUCGACCGACGCGAGUGCGGGUCGCCGCGCUGAGGACACGGGUAUCUUCAUCAAUGAGUUCAGCGGCGGGGGCGAGAGCCAUAGUGUAGCUGGUGUCGACACUGAGCGUGGGAGCAUUGCUCUUGCGCGCAUGAACUGGCUGCAUGGGCGGUACGGCAACCUCAUCGGCCGUGACGACAAGCUGUUUACGCUGGCAUUAUUCGUUUUCGAGCCCUACUACUUCGCCGAGAAGUUUGACUAUCGCCCACUCAACGAGCUUGAGAAGGAGGCGCGUUAUGUCCACUGGCGCGAGAUCGGGGCCCGCAUGGGCAUCGAGAACAUUCCCCCUACACGCGCCGAGCUUUUGGAGUGGACAACUGCGUACGGCAAGCGGGCCAUGGUGUACGAUCCCCGUAAUGCGCAGGUCGGCAACUCGACUUUCAGCGUGCUGCUCAAAGACAUGCCCCGCUUCAUGUGGCCGCUCGGCAAACGCAUGAGCUUAGUGCUUCUCGACGACCACAUGCUGCAGGCUUUUGGAUGGGAGAAGCCUCCCGCGUGGAUGUACUGGUUCGUGCCGCGCCUGUUGCGUCUCAAGGGCUUGGUGUGUGGCAACCUCCUGUUCCCACGCAUGAGCCCGCCGCCGCACGUGAAGACGAGUGUACGCUGUGCCUUCGCUGGCCCCACUGACGGGGGCGAGAAAGCACCUGACGCCGGCCACCCCCAGAUUGUGCGCGACGGAUACAUCUUUGAGCCGUGGUACACCAAGCCGGACGGCGCACGCAUGGGCGCACUUGGCCUCGGCACGCCCGGUCUCCCUAAAUUCACACCCGACGGAUACAUCAACUCGCGUCUCGGUCCCGAGAGGCUGUACCACCAGGGCGUCGAGAUCACGCUUAAGAAUGCCGCGGAGAUGCGCGAGCGGGCGCAAGGUGGCAAGUGCCCCUUCUUCGUGCCCAAGGAGGUGGUUGCAUCUGCGUAA